GGCCGGUCCGGCGCGGGUUGCUGGGAGCGCUGCUCCGGCGGGGCCGCUGGCACAGCCGCCUCGCGCGAGCCGUCGGCCCGGCCGGGGAAGCUGCGGGCUUUCCGAGCGCCGCGCCCGGGGCCGCCGGCGCUGCCCUCCCGCCGCCGCCGCCCUCUGCGCCUCCUCCGGGCGGCCCCGCCCCCGUUCCCAUCCCCCUCGCGCUCACCUCCCGGCUGUGCCGCGCGCACGGCGGAGCGAGGCGCCCGCCGCCGCCGCCGCCUCUCUGAGGGGCGAGGACCUGCACCCGCGCGGCCGCUGACAGGAGGACCGCCGCGGGCUGCGCUCGCGGCCCGCGAGGCCCCGCCGCGCCUUCGGGAGGCGCAGACCCGCCGCGGGCGUCGGAGCGCAGCGAGGUGCUCUGGGAAUCGCGGCGGCGCCGGCGGGCGGCGCCGGUCCUGCCCGGAGACCCCGGGGACUGGGGCUGGACCCCGAGGUGCGGCGAUUCCCUCCGAGCGGCAGUUUUGUGAGUACCAGAAUAGCACAACCAUGUUUCGGAAUAGUCUCAAGAUGCUUCUUACUGGAGGGAAAUCAAGUCGUAAAAACAGAUCAAGUGAUGGAGGGAGCGAGGAACCACCGGAUCGAAGACAGUCAAGUGUAGACUCUCGCCAAAGUCGCUCUGGGCAAGGUGGCAUCUCCACAGAAAGCGACUGUGCUUUUGAGCCAGACUACGCCGUCCCACCACUUCCAGUGAGUGAAGGUAUGCAGCACAUUCGGAUUAUGGAGGGCAUGUCUCGCUCUCUUCCAUCCUCCCCCUUACUCACACAUCAGUCUAUCAGUGUUCGGCUCCAACCUGUGAAGAAGUUAACUGCCCCUCUGAGGAAAGCAAAGUUUGUUGAGAGCCCACGAAUUCCAGAAUCCGAGCUUGGCUCCCCAACCCUCACUUCAGCUCAGAAACUGGAUGUGGAUGCAUACUGCCCUGGUGAUGCCGAACAGGAACUUGGUCCCCCUCCAUCUGUAGAUGAGGCAGCAAACACACUCAUGACUCGUCUGGGUUUCCUCCUUGGAGAGAAAGUCACAGAAGUUCAGCCAGGUGACCAAUACAACAUGGAAGUAGAAGAUGAAAAUCAGACCUCAGCAAUCACCCAGCGGAUAAGCCCCUGUUCCACCUUGACUAGCAGCACUGCCUCUCCACCAGCUAGUAGCCCCUGCUCCACCCUCCCACCAGUCAGUACAAAUGCAACAGCCAAGGACUGCAACUAUGGGGCUGUCACUAGUCCAACUUCCACCCUCGAAAGCAGAGAUAGUGGCAUCAUUGCUACGUUGACAAGCUAUUCUGAAAAUGUAGAACGCACAAAAUAUGUUGGGGAAAGCAGUAAAGAAUUAGGAUCUGGAGGAAAUCUAAAACCUUGGCAAUCUCAAAAAUCCAGCAUGGAUUCCUGUUUAUACCGAGUAGAUGAAAAUAUGACAGCUUCCACCUAUAGUCUGAAUAAAAUCCCAGAGAGGAAUUUGGAAACAGUUUUAUCACAAUCAGUACAAUCUAUUCCUCUGUAUCUUAUGCCACGACCAAAUUCAGUAGCAGCCACAAGUUCUGCCCACUUGGAGGACCUGGCUUACCUGGAUGAGCAGAGACAUACACCUUUGAGAACUUCUCUUCGAAUGCCAAGACAGAGCAUGGGUGGUGUUCGCACACAACAGGAUUUAAGAGUUCGCUUUGCACCUUAUAGACCUCCAGAUAUCUCCCUGAAGCCUCUGCUCUUUGAAGUGCCCAGCAUCACUACAGAGUCAGUGUUUGUUGGCCGGGACUGGGUUUUCCAUGAAAUAGAUGCUCAACUUCAAAGUUCAAAUGCCAACGUGAACCAAGGAGUAGUGAUUGUGGGAAACAUUGGGUUCGGCAAAACCGCCAUCAUCUCCAGACUUGUGGCCCUCAGCUGCCAUGGAACACGGAUGAGACAGAUUGCCUCAGACAGCCCACAUGCCUCCCCCAAGCAUGUGGAUGCCAACAGAGAGCUGCCACUCACACAACCACCUUCAGCCCACUCAUCCAUUACCAGUGGAAGCUGCCCAGGAACUCCAGAAAUGCGCAGGCGGCAGGAGGAGGCUAUGCGGAGACUAGCCUCACAGGUAGUUGCCUAUCAUUAUUGCCAAGCAGAUAAUGCCUACACCUGCCUGGUGCCAGAAUUUGUCCACAAUGUUGCUGCCCUGCUCUGCCGCUCCCCUCAGCUGGCGGCCUAUCGGGAGCAGCUUCUUCGGGAGCCUCACCUACAGAGCAUGCUGAGCCUUCGGUCCUGUGUUCAGGACCCCAUGGCCUCUUUCCGGAGGGGUGUCCUGGAGCCCCUGGAGAAUCUCCACAAAGAGAGAAAAAUUCCAGAUGAAGAUUUCAUCAUCUUAAUUGAUGGAUUAAAUGAAGCAGAAUUUCACAAACCGGAUUAUGGGGAUACAAUUGUAUCAUUUCUGAGUAAAAUGAUUGGAAAAUUUCCUUCCUGGCUCAAACUAAUUGUAACAGUUAGGACCAGUUUACAGGAAAUUACCAAGCUGCUGCCUUUCCAUAGGAUUUUUUUGGAUCGACUAGAAGAGAAUGAAGCCAUAGACCAGGACCUGCAGGCUUACAUCCUGCACCGGAUACACAGCAGCUCAGAAAUCCAGAAUAACAUUUCACUUAAUGGCAAAAUGGACAAUACUACAUUUGGCAAACUCAGUUCUCAUCUCAAGACCCUCAGUCAAGGGUCCUAUUUAUACCUGAAACUCACAUUUGACCUCAUAGAGAAAGGCUAUCUAGUGUUAAAGAGCUCUAGCUACAAAGUAGUUCCUGUUUCGCUCUCGGAGGUUUAUUUGCUCCAGUGCAAUAUGAAGUUCCCAACCCAGUCUUCCUUUGACCGGGUGAUGCCUCUCCUGAAUGUGGCAGUGGCCUCUCUCCACCCACUGACGGAUGAACAUAUCUUCCAGGCCAUCAAUGCUGGUAGCAUUGAAGGCACACUGGAAUGGGAGGACUUUCAGCAGAGAAUGGAGAACCUCUCUAUGUUUCUGAUCAAGCGCAGAGACAUGACUCGUAUGUUUGUUCAUCCUUCUUUUCGAGAAUGGCUUAUCUGGAGAGAAGAAGGGGAGAAAACCAAGUUUCUCUGUGAUCCCAGGAGUGGUCACACAUUACUUGCCUUCUGGUUUUCCCGCCAAGAGGGAAAACUAAACCGACAGCAGACUAUUGAACUGGGACAUCACAUCCUCAAAGCACACAUUUUUAAGGGUUUGAGUAAAAAAGUUGGUGUGUCAUCCUCCAUCCUCCAAGGUCUCUGGAUCUCCUACAGCACAGAAGGUCUGUCCAUGGCAUUGGCAUCUUUAAGAAAUCUCUACACUCCAAAUAUAAAGGUCAGCCGACUACUGAUUUUGGGAGGUGCCAACAUUAAUUACCGGACAGAGGUUUUAAAUAAUGCCCCAAUUCUGUGUGUCCAGUCUCAUCUUGGUUACACAGAAAUGGUGGCCCUGCUGUUGGAGUUUGGAGCCAAUGUGGAUGUCUCUUCUGAAAGUGGCCUGACUCCUCUGGGCUACGCCGCAGCGGCGGGCUACCUGAGCAUCGUUGUGCUGCUGUGCAAGAAACGGGCCAAGGUGGAUCACUUGGAUAAGAAUGGACAGUGUGCUUUGGUCCAUGCUGCACUCCGAGGUCAUCUGGAGGUCGUCAAGUUUCUGAUUCAGUGUGACUGGACAAUGGCCAGCCAGCAGCAAGGGGUGUUUAAGAAGAGCCAAGCCAUCCAGCAGGCCCUCAUUGCUGCAGCCAGUAUGGGUUACACUGAGAUUGUCUCCUACCUACUUGAUCUUCCAGAAAAAGAUGAAGAGGAAGUGGAGCGAGCGCAGAUCAACAGCUUUGACAGUCUCUGGGGAGAGACAGCCCUGACAGCUGCAGCCGGAAGGGGCAAACUGGAGGUAUGCCGUCUGCUCUUGGAACAAGGGGCGGCAGUGGCCCAGCCAAACCGUCGAGGGGCAGUGCCCCUAUUCAGCACUGUUCGCCAGGGCCACUGGCAGAUAGUUGAUCUUUUGCUCACCCAUGGAGCUGAUGUCAACAUGGCAGACAAGCAAGGCCGGACUCCCUUGAUGAUGGCUGCUUCCGAAGGCCAUCUGGGAACUGUGGACUUUCUACUUGCACAAGGUGCCUCCAUUGCUCUGAUGGACAAAGAAGGGUUGACAGCCCUCAGCUGGGCUUGUUUGAAGGGUCAUCUCUCUGUAGUACGUUCUCUGGUGGAUAAUGGAGCUGCCACAGACCAUGCUGACAAGAAUGGCCGCACCCCAUUGGAUCUGGCAGCUUUCUAUGGUGAUGCUGAGGUGGUCCAGUUCCUGGUGGAUCAUGGGGCCAUGAUUGAGCAUGUGGACUACAGCGGAAUGCGCCCGUUGGAUAGGGCAGUGGGGUGCCGGAACACUUCUGUCGUCGUCACUCUUCUGAAGAAAGGAGCCAAGAUAGGUUGUCAGACGUUACCGAGUCGCCCACGAGGUCCAGCCACAUGGGCGAUGGCCACCUCCAAACCGGACAUCAUGAUCAUCCUGUUGAGCAAGCUGAUGGAGGAGGGGGACAUGUUCUAUAAGAAAGGUAAAGUAAAGGAGGCUGCCCAGCGCUACCAGUACGCUCUGAAGAAAUUCCCUAGAGAAGGGUUUGGUGAGGACUUGAAAACCUUCCGGGAACUGAAGGUGUCUCUUCUCCUCAACCUCUCUCGGUGUCGCAGGAAAAUGAACGAUUUUGGAAUGGCGGAGGAAUUUGCUACUAAGGCCCUGGAGCUGAAACCGAAAUCUUAUGAAGCUUACUAUGCAAGAGCAAGGGCAAAACGCAGCAGCAGCAGACAGUUUGCAGCAGCCUUAGAGGACCUGAACGAGGCCAUCAAGCUGUGUCCAAACAACCGUGAGAUCCAGAGACUUCUGAUGAGAGUGGAGGAGGAGUGUAGGCAGAUGCAGCAGCAGCAGCAGCAGCAGCCACCGCCACAGCCACCCCAGCAGCAGCUACCAGAAGAAGCAGAACCUGAACCACAGCAUGAAGACAUAUACUCUGUGCAAGACAUUUUCGAGGAAGAGUACUUGGAGCAGGAUGUUGAAAAUGUUUCCAUCGGCCUCCAGACAGAGGCACGGCCCAGUCAGGGGCUCCCGAUCAUCCAGAGCCCACCCUCCUCUCCAGCCCACAGGGACUCCGCCUACAUCUCCAGCUCACCGCUUGGCUCUCAUCAGGUUUUUGACUUCCGGUCCAGUAGUUCUGUAGGUUCUCCCACUAGACAGAGCUAUCAGUCCACCUCACCUGCUCUUUCUCCAACUCACCAGAACUCUCAUUACAGGCCUAGUCCACCACAUACUUCCCCGGCUCAUCAGGGUGGAUCUUACCGCUUUAGCCCCCCUCCUGUGGGAGGGCAGGGCAAAGAAUACCCAAGCCCUCCCCCCUCCCCUCUCCGAAGAGGCCCUCAGUAUCGGGCCAGCCCUCCAGCUGAAAGCAUGAGUGUCUAUAGAGCCCAGUCUGGCUCGCCUGUGCGCUAUCAGCAAGAAACAAAUGUUAGUCAGCUUCCUGGCAGGCCAAAAUCUCCAUUAUCCAAAAUGGCCCAGAGGCCCUACCAGAUGCCUCAGCUUCCUGUGGCGGUUCCCCAGCAAGGGCUCAGGCUACAGCCUGCUAAGGCCCAGAUUGUGAGAAGCAACCAGCCCAGCUCUGCUGUUCAUUCAAGCACUGUCAUCUCCACAGGGGCCUAUGGUCAGGUAGCCCACUCAAUGGCUAGUAAGUACCAGUCUUCACAAGGGGACCUAGGAGUAAGUCAGAGCCGGUUGGUUUAUCAAGGGUCAAUUGGGGGGAUUGUUGGGGAUGGGAGACCUGUGCAGCAUGUCCAGGCCAGUCUGAGUGCAGGCGCCAUCUGUCAGCAUGGAGGGUUGACCAAAGAAGACCUUCCACAGCGACCUUCCUCGGCAUAUCGAGGUGGCAUGAGAUACAGCCAGACACCACAGAUUGGACGUAGUCAGUCCGCAUCCUAUUACCCAGUCUGUCACUCAAAACUAGAUCUGGAGCGUUCCUCUAGCCAACUAGGUUCCCCUGAUGUGUCGCAUCUAAUCAGAAGACCUAUUGGUGUCAACCCCAAUGAAAUCAAACCCCACCCACCAACUCCUAGGCCGUUGCUGCACUCCCAAAGCGUAGGCCUUCGCUUCUCUCCAUCUAGCAAUAGUAUCUCAUCUGCCUCCAACCUAACACCUACCUUCCGGCCAUCCUCCUCGAUUCAACAGAUGGAGAUCCCACUAAAACCCGCAUAUGAUAGGUCAUGUGACGAGCUGUCGCCAGUGUCUCCCACUCAGGGAGGUUACCCCAGUGAGCCCACCCGAUCCAGGACCACACCAUUCAUGGGGAUCAUAGAUAAAACAGCCCGGACUCAACAGUACCCCCAUCUUCACCAGCAGAGUCGGACCUGGGCAGUGUCAUCAGUGGAUACCGUUCUCAGCCCCACGUCUCCAGGCAACUUGCCUCAGCCUGAGUCCUUCAGCCCGCCAUCAUCCAUCAGCAACAUUGCCUUUUAUAACAAAACCAACAAUGCACAGAAUGGCCAUUUGCUGGAGGACGAUUAUUACAGCCCCCACGGGAUGCUGGCGAACGGGUCCCGUGGAGACCUCUUAGAGAGAGUCAGCCAGGCCUCCUCCUACCCCGAUGUGAAGGUGGCUCGGACCCUCCCUGUGGCUCAGGCAUACCAGGACAACCUGUACAGGCAGUUGUCCCGGGACUCUCGACAAGGGCAGACAUCCCCUAUCAAACCAAAGAGACCAUUUGUGGAGUCUAAUGUUUAAAAGACAUUUGUUGGAGUGAGACCCAUAUGUUUUCACUGCACAUUUUUAGGCUUGGUUUCCACAUUUGAGGUAGUUCUCUAGCUUAAUUUCUCAUGUAGUUUCUGUGUGGUGUUCAGAGGUGGCAGCCCACAUGCUGAAAUCCUUUGCAUGCAGCCGACUGGGAAGCUGGCCUCCAGUGAGCCAGGACUUCAGUUUCUCUUGCUGUGCCCAGCCACAUGCUCUCUCCCUCUCUUCAGAUGCCAACGAGGAGAUUGUUGUGCCGUGUGCUUUAACCCAGGGAGAUCAGACACACUGGUCAGCUUUUUCCAGGAGACAAUCGCUUUCACUGAUGUUCUUGUUGGUUGUGUAAAUGUCUUUCUCUUUUUUUUUUUUUUAUUAACAAAAAUAAGAUGUUCUUGUUCGUUUUCUUCCAGGAACUUUAGAAAGAGUGUGAUGCUCCCUUUGUCUUUGCACUCUAACCCCGUGUUUUCCAGAUAGCCAGCCCCAGUGCAUUCUGGUGCCCUGGUCUCCCCUACUGCCAGCUCCCUGCAGUCUUCAGGUCUUGAGUGUUCCUUUAGGUUGUUGCUGGUCUUCCUGUGUGGGUGAAAGGAUCAAAGAGAAAGAGAAGAAAUGUCUGUUAAAUUAGAAGAAAAAACACACCAAUGUAAUUAUUUGAAAUAACCACUACAUUUAUUUUCCAAGAAGUAUUUUAACAACAUUUUAAAAACAACCAGCUUUUUAAAUAUUUUGGUCAGCCAAAAAAAUUGGAUAAGAAUCAUGGAUAAUUUUUAAUAAUUCACUGAAAAUUAUUCUUUAGAUGUUUAGCCAACGAUUACCAUUAAAAACUACUGAUUUUCCAUGGGUGAGGGAGGAAAUAAAUAAAUAUGUAGGAAGAGAGAGAGAGAAGAAAAGACUGUUCUGGAUUCUCAUUGAAAGGCUGUAGGAAAUCUUUGGAGAAAUCCCCCUUUAGAUCCUGAGCAUCAGAUUCCACAAAAAGUAAACUGAAGAUUGGCUGGUGCAAUAAUCCUGUUUGGUGGAUCGUCGCCUGGAGCUAGACUGUGUUACUGGCCCUCUUUUUUUAAACCCAGAUGGUAUUUAGUGAAGAAAUUGGUUCUUUGAGAAACAAAUUGAAUUCUCAUGGGACUAAAAGACUUGUUUCCAGAAUUUGCACCCAGGGCCAUUGCAGUUUGUGCCAGAUGUUGUCUCAUUCCAUUUUGAGAUCUAUAGUUUCAUUAUCUAUUGUUUCUUUUUUUAGGUAGGAGUGUUCGGGGAGUGAUAUUUUGAAAACCAGGCACCACAAAGUGUCUCCUUUCAGGGUGAAGAAGGCCCCCUUUCAGCCUGGGUGGGGGUACAUGAGAUACCAGGUCUUCUGAUCCAGGCACCCUCCACCCUUCUGUGUCUCUUGCUAAGCUGUCCCCUGAGGGGCUGAGGCCAGCAUGGGAUGAGCGGCAAGAACACUGAAAGCCAAAGCCUUAGCAUAGGCCUGGCCCUGAGUGCUUAUCAGUUCUUAGAGUUUAACCUUCUAAACAAGUCAAACUCAACAAAAGAGAAUUCGUUCUCUGUUAUGAGGAAUCACUGCUCUUGUUUGUAAAGGGCUACAGGUAGGGCAACUUCCUGAAUAAAAAUUCACAUGGGCUCAGACCAGUUUGUAAUAGUAAGUGUCCUCUGAAAGCAUCGCUCCAACAUGCUUGAAGCAUGAAAUUGAGACCAGAAACACUUCUUUACUAAUUUAGAUUCUACCAAAUAGAUGGACCCCCCCUCCGCCUGCAAGCCUGAAAUAGGCCGGGACUUGACCCUAUGCUAGAGGCAACAGCUGGGCUAACUCAAGACCCAGACUCUUUCUCUGAUGCCAAAGGACUAUCUGCUCAAUGACAGCAGAGUGGGCAUCAGCCUCUCUCUCUCUCUCUCUCUCUCUCUCUCUCUCUCUCAUCAAGAAGAUGAAAAUGUACAGCAUUAGUACAGCCUACAGCUGGGAGCCCAGCAGCCUCUCACUCCCUCAUUGUCCAGGUCUUAACCCUGUUGGGCUUUCUGCAUCUUAUCCUUUUUAACCACCUCUCACUGAGGAGCCGCUGCUACAUUUUGAAAAAUUUCUCAGUGUCUUAGAAAAGUGCCCCUGCUUAUUUGGAACAAGACACAUACAUCUGUACUCCCCUGUCUAGGUGGGUGAACAGGUUCUGUGAUUUUAUAAAUAUGCUACUUCUCCCCACAGUCUCUCUUUCGGUUUUCCAGGAUAAACAGGAAAUUUUAGGGUCUGUGUCUCAUUGGGCAGAACACCUAAAAUGUCGACAAAAUACAAUUUGUUUUUAACCAUUGGAAGAGGGAGUGAAUAUCACUACUGGGCGCCAGUUGUUUUUGCCUACAAAAUGCCCACUGGACCUUAUAGGGGAGGAGACAGAGUUCUUCCUUGUAAGCAGACUGCCUGUGCCCUGUUUUGCUACUUCACUGCCAUGGGAUGAUCUUAGUACUGUACCUGAGAGUUGCCCCUCUCCCAACAGCAUUUGCUGAAUCAAUGUCUGGCUUCAGGUGGGGCAGGGGGAGGGGGAUUUUUCAUAUGAAACCAGUAAGUUCCUCUCAUCCUGUUCACAUCACCCUGAAAUGGAGACAGUGGUGACCAACUUCAGCUUAUAGGUUGUACGUUCCGUUUGCCCAGAAUUCUUGCACUAAUAGGUUUCCAUCACGUCAUGUCUAUAAAUGGGUGCACUUUACUGUUUGAAUUUGUGACUCUAAUACUGGAUAUUUAAGUGUGAGUACUGUCUUCAUUAGAAAAUAGCAAAAACGCUCUUGUCUUUUAGUGUGUUUUUCAAGGAAAAAAAGGAAAGAAAUCAAGCAGUGGAUCACAACAUUUAUAGCACAAGAAAUAACUUGUAUAUAAGCAUCAAAAAGAGUAAGAAUUUUUAAAUACAAAAAAAUAUUUGCAGUGAUUUUAAAGUGCUUUUCCAGCAAUGUUCUUAGGGACUCCUGAGACAUGGUUACUUUAUUUACUGGAUCAGUAAGGCACACAAUUAACAAUUAAAAAUUAAUGUUUAUUUACAAAGUAAAGGGAAAACCUGUGUAACAUGAGAAUUUGGCAUGGACAAAAUGGAGACCAUUUUGUAUUUGCUGCUGUAGCUUGCCCAGGUCGCAGGCGUGCACUAUUAAAGUCCCAAGUUAAUAGAGCACAAGCCCUUCUUGUUCUCCCAUGUGCCCUCUUUUUAGAUGUGUUUAACUUAAACUCGAAGGCUCAGGAAAAUUCCACUUACUAGAAUCAUGUACAGUACCCCAGGUUGUUGUCCAGAGAUACAAGUUGGCUGAUUUAGUUAAGCCUGGAUUACUAAACACUCUUCCUAAAUUAUUGUAAACAGAACAGCUUAGAGAAAGGUAUUCUUAGUCCUUAUAUUGUAUAGUAGUUUAUGAAACCCUCUCUAAAUAUUGGUAUUUUUGUAUUCCAGAGAUGUACCCAAUAGAAAAAUUAAUCAGUAUCUAAUUUCAUAUCCUUAAGUAUUUUCCUUAGAUUUUAGUCCUAGACAUUGGGUUCUGUGGAUGUCACCUUGUUUCACCAUACUUUACCACUAGGUGUCACUGGCUCCGCACCAGGCUUGUCCAGUAGCAAAGAAAGGCAGCAUCUCCUCCAGGGGCUGCCUCUAGGGCAGCAGGCUGGCCCAUAGCUCCGAGGGUCCAGGAAGGCAAGCAAAGGUCUGGAAAGGGGUCUUCACACAUCUGCGCCGGUUGUGAAGAUGAGCUCUUUGAACACCCUGCUUUGGACCUUCAGCCAGGCAGAGGCUGGGAGAAGGUUGGCCAGAACUCCCUUGCUCUGGUGGAUGGAUGGGUGUGUAGAAGACCCCUUCUUCCCCAUGAGCACCCAUCUCAGUCCCUCUUGGCCUCCAACUUUUUAUUAACUCCAGAAGUGUCACAGUUGGAUGGUUUGAUUCAAAGAUAGUUAUUUUUCUACUGCAGAAAUGCUUUGGACAAAACCAGUUGGUCUCUGAAUCUUUGCCACUAAAUGGAACAGUCUCUCCUGGGGGGUCAGGAUGUGCCUAUCCCUGUCCCAGUCUCACCCACCCUGCCUCUCUGUCCCUGGGCUGCCCACUUCCCAGGCUAACCUGCAAGGCAGCCUGCUGCUGCUCCCGCACAGAGGUCAGAGCUGCCCUGUUGCAUGUGCAUUGGGAGGUGUGGCUUUUUCUCCUUUUCCUUUAGGAAUUCCAGACUGACCAUCUACCAUGACUAACAACAGUGAACAAAGGGCUUAGGGGUAAGAGCUACCUACAAAGACGUGUCAUGGAAACCUUCACCAUGCAAUGCCUUGAACUCAGCUCUGGCUGCUCCCGAGAACAGGUGGCUGGCUGGGGGCCUGGACACAAGCACAAUGGGGCUGGUGGAGCCAUGUGCAGCGCUACUUGAAUCACCACCGGGUCUUCAUCAACUCCUUUUAUAACAGACCACUCAAGGGCUGAAGUGUCGGUAACCUGCAUUUCGGUGUCCAAUGCCUCACAGCAGCUGAGCCACCCUGAGAUGAUGUGGCCACAUGAUGGCCACAGUCAGAGCUUUGAAAGUCAGUACCAAAUGAACGCAUAAUUGGACACCAAAAAUCAAGUGUUACUUUCAUGUUUCCUCACCCGCCUCAUCUCAUUUCUUCCUGCUGACUCUGUGAUAGCUCCACUAAGCUGACCCGUCAGGUUCUAGCUGGAUGCACGUCCUAGUAGGUGCAGGCCAGCAUCGCUGUGUUUUUUCAGACAGACCUACUCUGUGGAAAGGAGCCUAGCUGCUUUGUUUUCCUAGCACUUGCUGGCUGGACUUUUCUUUUGCCUAAUCACUAACCAAAACACUUGGUUAGGGGGACGCAAUCAAUCCCUUCUGUCCCUGGGACCAGACAGAGUUAAUUCUGGAAAUUUCAGUACUUGAAUGUACCUGCCUUAUUGUGUACCAACUUAACUGGAAGAAAGUUAGAAAUGCUGGCUCUAGAUCUCUACUUCAUUCACGGGUUACUUUGGGAGUCUGUAAGUUACACUUCCUAUUCUGGUUCGUUCCUCUGUUUCGUUUUGUUUUCCUUUGGCUGAUUCCUGCCGAGUGGGGCCGGUUCCUCGUCAGGCUCAGGACGGGGGCCGUUCUCAGGCGUGGCCUCCCUUCCGUACAGCACAGCAUCUCCGUCUCUGUUCUGUCUCCUCCAAAUCCAAGAUGGUUUCAAUUAGUACAGACAUGUACAGUCUACAAUUAAAGAGUGAUUUGUACUAAUCUGAUUUUGAUUCUUCCUCCUUUUGCUGUCCUUUCAAGACACUUGCUGGAAAAAGCUUUAAUGCACUUAGUUUCCUUUAGGUUUUCUAUAACUCGGAUGUAAAGGACUUUCUCUGUACAGUAUAUAUUAUCCAAUGCAUGUUUGUUCUCUAUCCUGAUAUAUUGAACACCACACAGUUGUGAACUCGUGCCGUGGGGAGUCCCACACCCACCAGAGGCGUCUAGCCCCCGUGUAUAAGGAAGGCAUUUCCUUUGCUGUACUUGCUUGAGCAGUUUUAUUGUCUGUACAUGUGAGCUGUGUGAGAUAGAUGUGAAAAGUUAAGUGAAUGCAUUUUCCUGCCCAUGUAUACAGAUCGCCAUCUGUACAAUGAACUGUAUGUAUGAAAGCAAAUGUACUUAUUUAUAAAUGGGUAACACUUGGAAAAAA